AUGAAGCUGAACGAGCGGAGCUUGGCCUUUUAUGCCACCUGCGACUCCCCGGCCGACAACGCCGGCUUCCUCUACAAGCGCGGUGAGCGGCACACGGCGUACCAUCGCCGCUGGUUCGUGCUGAAGGGCAACAUGCUCUUCUACUUCGAGGAGCGGGAGAGACGGGAGGCGGCUGCCAUGGAGUCGUGGGUGAAGUCGCUCUCACGGGCCAGCUUUGACUACAUGCGCUUGGUAGUGCGGGAGCUGGAGAAGCAGCUGGAGGAGAUGCGUUGGGGGUCAGCUGGUGGAUGCGGGGGCUGCCAGGGGUCACCUGGCUCCUGGAAGCCAAAGCCCUUGGGGCCGGAGCAGUGCCCAGAGCGUCUGCUGGCUCUGCCUGCUGUCGUGCCGAAGGAGAACGGCUGCGCGGUGUGGAACAACGCGCCAGGAGCGGACUACUACCCUAAGUGCUUCCUCAAAUCCCGUUCCACUAAAGCUCCCGCUAGCACACGACGGAGAAGAGCAGUCAUGGAUCGCACCUCGACCUUCUGCAGCGCGGUGGCAGGGAACAGAGUGGCCGUGGGCAAGCUGGGGCAGG